AUGGCCCAAUUCAUCCCUCGUCAAUAUUUCCCUACUCAACUUAAUCUCCCGCGCUCUUACUUUCUCGGUCAUCAUGCCUCUGGACUUGCUGGUAUGAAGACAAUGCUUUCGCAAAUUGAUUUAAUCCUGGAAUGUCGAGACUAUCGUGUCCCCCUCACAUCUCGAAACCCGCUGUUCGAGCAAGCUCUGGCGGGGCGAGAAAGGGUAGUUGUACAUACCAAAAAAGACCUUGGGAGCUGGAAUAGCCAAGAAGACCAUAUACGAGAAGAUGUAAUUCGUGAAUGGCACAGACCCCAUUCGACUCUCUUCACAGACCACAAAUCGAAGAAAGAUAUCAAAACCGUACUAGACUUCGCCAAAGAUCAUGCUAUCAGGCGACAGUCAAUUCUCCCGUCACGUAUCCUCAUCGUUGGCAUGCCUAAUGUGGGUAAAUCUUCGCUACUAAAUUCUCUGCGUAUGUCUGGAAUGAAGAAAUCAAAAGCAGCAUCAACCGGCGCUCAGCCAGGGAUUACACGAAAGAUCUCAAGUGCAGUGAAGAUACUAGAGCGCGAUGCAGAGCGAGGGAUUGAGGGGGUAUACCUGGUAGAUACACCGGGUGUCUUUGUACCAUAUGUGCCUGAUGCCGAGGCAAUGUUAAAGCUGGCACUUGUUGGGAGUGUUAAAGACACCAUAAUUGCACCAGUAACCCUCUGUGAUUACCUACUUUUUCACAUAAAUAGACAGCCUCAAGGUGAUUCUGUUUAUCGAGAGUACUGCGCACCAACCAACGAUAUUGAGGAGCUCUUGGAAGCAGUAUGCCGAAAGUGUGGAAAGUUGAAAAAAGGCAACGUGCCAGAUAUUGAGGCAGCUGCGUUGUGGAUAAUUCAAAAGUGGAGACAAGGAAAACUCGGCUCAUUCGUUCUUGACGAAGUCAUACCAAAAGGCAUGGUGUCAAAGGUCGAAGAAGAAGUCGGUACAAGUAUGAAUCAAGCGAGAAGGCAAGCUAAGCUUGCUCAAAUGCAACGCUCAAAAGUAAGGCAAUCAUCACGAACGUAUUGA